ACUCUACCAAACGAACCCUCAGUGCACAUCCCCAAUCUCUCUCUCUCCAAUCACCCAUUUUCCUAAUGAAUCAUCAUCCUCCAACAACAACCUAUUAACAGUUCUUUCAAGAAACCAUUAGGUUCCCAUAAAUAAAGGGGCUAAAGUUCCAUAUUAUCCAGCUCCGUCAUUGCCACCCCUUUUUCCCCCUUGUUUCUUUUCUCCAUUUCAACUACCCAAAAAUAUCACAAAUGGGGGGGAAAAUGGGGGAAUUUUCCAAACCCUAACACUUACUUAGCAUUUUUCAAGAAAAGUUGCUGAAACCUUCAAGAUUUCCCAAGAAUAAUAUCACAAAUGAAGCACAUUGACAAUAUUCCAUCAACCCCAGGAAAGUUAAAGGAAAAAUCCCCUUACAAUAGGCUCAGGCUAUAUUUUUCUGUAGCCAAGCUCACAUUUUGGUCAUUUGUCUUCUUGGGCUUGAUCUUUGUAUGCUUUUUCAGAUCACCAUCCUCGUCGUCCCCUGCCGGUUCAGAUCUCUCGAGACGAUCUCUUAGAACCAGCUCGUAUGAUGGCCCAGCUUGGGAAAAAAGGAUUAAGUCCUCAGCAAAAGUCAGGUCAAGAAAUGGUAUUUCUGUUUUGGUGACUGGUGCUGCUGGCUUUGUAGGAACACAUGUCUCAGCUGCGUUAAAACGUCGUGGUGAUGGCGUAGUGGGGUUGGAUAAUUUCAAUGACUAUUACGAUCCGUCUCUAAAAAGAGCUCGGCAAUCUCUAUUAGAGCAUGCAGGGGUUUACAUUGUAGAAGGUGACAUCAAUGAUGUCACCUUCUUGAAGAAAUUAUUUGACGUUGCUCAAUUUAGUCAUGUGAUGCAUUUGGCUGCACAAGCGGGUGUAAGGUAUGCCAUGGAAAAUCCUAGCUCAUAUGUGCAUAGUAACAUUGCUGGCUUGGUUAAUCUCCUUGAGGUUUGCAAAAAUGCUAAUCCUCAACCUGCUAUUGUGUGGGCAUCAUCAAGUUCUGUUUAUGGAAUGAAUAUUAAAGUACCCUUUUCGGAGAUGGAUAGAACAGACCAGCCUGCUAGUCUAUAUGCUGCAACUAAAAAAGCUGGUGAGGAAAUUGCUCAUACCUAUAAUCAUAUAUAUGGGCUUUCACUAACUGGAUUGAGAUUUUUCACGGUUUAUGGACCAUGGGGUCGGCCAGAUAUGGCUUACUUCUUUUUCACAAGGGAUAUUUUGAAGGGACAGUCAAUAUCCAUCUUUGAGGCAGCUAAUCAUGGCACUGUUGCUAGGGACUUUACCUACAUUGAUGACAUAGUAAAGGGUUGUUUGGGAGCAUUGGACACGGCUGAAGAAAGCACCGGAAGUGGUGGGAAAAAGAAAGGCCCUGCUCAAUUGCGGAUGUUCAAUUUGGGCAACACUUCUCCUGUGCCUGUUUCUGAUCUUGUCAGCAUUUUGGAAAGAUUGCUAAAGGUAAAGGCUAAAAGAUCAGUGAUGAAGUUGCCAAGGAAUGGUGAUGUGCCGUUUACUCAUGCAAACAUAAGCUUUGCCCAAAGGGAACUUGGAUAUAAGCCUACAACAGAUCUGCAGACAGGACUGAAGAAAUUUGUUCGAUGGUACAUCAGUUACUAUGGUGAUGGAAAGAAGAGUGCCUAGUGAUCAUACAUUCUUUCAAUUGUGUGGUAGGAGUUCAAUUCUUGUUCAUUUUCAUUCUUGUUAUUGUUUGAGCAUACAUGUAUUGCACUAUUUUAUUGAUUUCAAAUAUUCUAAUGAUGCGAUUCAAGGAGCA